AUGUUAGGGGCCCAGCCAGGAGAGCGAACGCAAACGUCGCCCGGCGAGCAGGUGCAAGGCUCUUCCGCCCAGUCGACGGCAGCCGAGCAAGUGCACAGUGACGCACCCAGAACUCGGGAGCCACUGUGGAAAACUGGACAAGACAGAAGGAGGCUGGCAGAAUCCCCGCCGCCUCCAGUAUUCCUUUGGCAAACUAAGACUGCCCCUGCGGCUCCCGCUGCCGCUGAGGGUGGUGCUGCGGCUGCACUCAGCAGUCAAGACAUUGCGGUCAAAUACCAACACGACUUGCAAGUACUCAAUCUGAUACUCGGGCAAAUCCAUUUGACUCUAAGCCAAGGCGACCGAAUCAGCGGCGAUGCCGUGCCGAUGCUCCAAGAGAAGGAGGCUCCCAUAUACAAACUCCUUCAAGAGUGCUCGAUAGAUGUGGCCCAGGCGGCCUUUGCUCAGAUAUAUGGCCGAGACCAUGCGCCAGAAUCCGACCAGGAUCCCGCCUCAUCUGACAUCACCGCGAGAAUUGGACUGUGCUUGGAGAUCCUGAAGGACCUGAUGGGCUUUUUCCUCCCCCCGGAUUACCCGUCCAUAGUUCUCAAGAAGUUCUGGGGCGGCGUUGCUAUGUGGCUGCAGAGACUCGAACAAAUGCUCUCCGCUGCGUCGGGGGAAAGCCCCCUGGUCCCCAGGCCAGGUCGUUCCGAGCUGCCGCCUGAUGCAUUCUAUGUUGUAAAUGUCGAGUUGGCUCCGCGAAAACCACAGAACCCGGCACUCAAGCUUCCCGAUCCCUUGCUGGAGCAUUGUAAGGACUGCAGCCGUCGGCGCCCCCAUCUCAGCAUGGACAAAGCCAUCUCCCAUCUUCGCCAGGUCCACUUCCAGAAUGUAGAGGUGACGGGUGAAGAACUCCAGGAAUGGGUGCGGAAAGGAGACGGGGUAGACCGCUUUCAAUUGCAGUGUGAUGCGAAGCGGCUGGGCGACACGGUGUUGGAUCAUUGUACCCAUCUACGGGUGUUGAAGAACGAAGUCAUUGCCGGGGUCUGCGCCAGUGGGAAGUUCGACUCUGCCGUCUACCGGUUGCCGAACGGGCUGGUGCGGGCCUUUGAGCGGAUCCUGACGAUGAUGACUUACUCCGGGUACGCCGCCUCACUGACAUUACAGGCGUACCAAGAGUCUCCCGAGCGGUUCGGCAGGUUCUUCGAAUCGACUCACCAGAAUCACAUCGUCGAACUCGGGUACGCCGCCGAGGCAGCCUUUGACGAAGCCAAGAGCAACCUGAUGCUGAUGAGUCGUGUCAACGAAUACUCGAAUAGCAUCCAAUACGACACGGUAGGGCCGGAGUAUAUGGUGUUGUUGUUGCUGGCCGACCUCCGGGACAGAGGAUCCAAACGCCAUCCACUCAAUCUGCCGGCACUCUAUCGAAAGGAGCUUAGCAGGCUGAGGUUUGAAGUCGAAAACCACCCCCGGCGUCGCCUGCUUCAAGAGAUUCGGAUGCUGGAGACCGAGGUCUUGGCCGUAUCGGACAGCAGGCGGGAUUGCGACAAUAUUUUGCAUGACUUGGGUACGAUGUUGGAUCCACAGGGCUUCAAGAAGACGACCACAACCCGAAGGACGCUUUACCACAAGUUUGAAUGGGAACUCCUCAGCAAGACAUGGCGGGACGAACAGCAGGCUCGACGGGAGGUCGGCCAUCUCAUGGCCGAGAUCCCCCAGCUCUGCAGCCAACUGACGCAGGCGGUGGAGAUCCAACAGGAAGACCACGGCAAGGCGAUCCUGGUCUUCACCAUUGUGACGAUUGUCUUUCUGCCCAUGUCGUUUGUGACGGGUUUCAUGGGCAUGAACACGGCCGACAUGCGCAACCUGGAAUCCGGCCAGUGGGUGUUCUGGGCCGCCGCCAUGCCGCUGACGUUUGUCGUCGUGGCAUGCACCGUGUGGAUCGGGUACCACGGUGAAUCGCUGAGCCGGUGGCUGUGGAUGUGGCAGACAAACCGGACGCUGCGGCAGCAUCGAGACUCUCGAGGUGAAGCGGCGGCAACAGCGAAAAUGCAGGGGUUGGGGAAGCGCGGUGGCAGUGACAAGGAGGAGGAGGAGGAGCAGACAACCAAUAUGACGGCCAAGUCGAUGGCAACGGCGACGGCGACGGAGACGGCGACCUCAACCUCAGCCUUAGCUCAGCUGCGUGGAUGGAGAGCGGCGAGACAGACACGGAAAGCAGGGUCUGCCGGAGGUCAUGUCAAUUUCGACGUCUAG